UCCUCGAAGAUAAGAUGACCAAAUCAAUGGCCAGGGACAGCGCGCCAGAAGAUUAACAGGAGCGGAACACUUCCGCAGACAAAGAAGAGGGAGAGAAAAUGGCAGCGACUCCAGCCCUAACGAGCACCUCAUCCCCUUUCCAGCUCUCACCAAAACCCCUUCACAGAAGCCUCAAACCCAAACCAAAUCUUGCAGCUCUCAGCUUGUCAAAGCCGAUUAGCACUUUCACCGUCAGAGCUGCAAAGCUUCCUCAAGGAGUGGAGGUGCCCAAAGUGGAGCCAAAGCUCUCAGAGCCUUUCCUUGGGUUCACGAGGACCGCAGAGGUUUGGAACUCUAGAGCUUGCAUGAUGGGUCUCAUCGGAACUUUCAUCGUUGAGUUGGUACUUCACAAAGGUAUACUUCAGAUGAUUGGUGUGGAUGUUGGCAAGGGGCUUGAUCUCCCUCUGUAAUUUGAUUUAUUGUGUAUUAAUUCCAAGAUUACAUUUGUUUUAACGUCUUUGCCUUACUAUACUUGAAGAAAAGUACAUGAUGAGAUAAACAAGACACAGCUUUGAUUAUCAUGAAAGGAACUGCUCCAAUCA